AUGCCUCUCGUGAGGAUAGAAGUCUGCGACUUCAAAUCAUACAGGGGUCACCAAACGAUAGGUCCAUUCAGGACUUUUACGUCGGUGAUUGGUCCAAAUGGCGCGGGCAAGUCCAAUCUGAUGGAUGCCAUAUCGUUCGUUCUAGGUGUCAAGAGCGCGCAAUUGCGAAGUUCGCAGCUCAAGGACCUCGUUUAUCGUGGUCGAAGACUGGCCAAGAACAAUGAAGAGGAUGCCGACGGGGUUUCAGAUCAAGAAGAGGAGGAGCAGGAGCAGGAAGGUGAGGGCACGGCGAAGAAGGCUUGGGUUCUGGCUGUCAUCCAUGACAAAGAUGGCAAGGAAUGGAAGUUUCAGCGAACAAUAUCCACGAAUGGCGCGUCAGAGUACAAACUCGACAAGAAAGUCGUCACUUAUUCCGCUUACAAUGCCGCCCUUAUCUCUCUUAACAUCCUCGUAAAAGCCAAGAAUUUCCUUGUAUUCCAAGGGGAUGUCGAAGCUGUCGCCUCGCAAUCACCUCGAGAACUUUCGCGCCUCAUUGAACAAAUCAGCGGCUCACUAGAGCUUGCUCCAGAGUACGAAAAGGCCAAGGAGGCUCAAGACAAAGCGACUGAAAACGCCACGUUUAAUUUCACUAAACGGAGAGGAAUCGCGGGGGAGAUAAAGCAAUACAAGGAGCAAAAAGGCGAAGCGGAUCGGUUUGAGAGUCUCUGUCAACAACGGGAUGAGUUGAUUCUGCAACGUAUACUCGUCAAGCUCUUCCACAUCGAGGAAGCUAUUGAGAACAAUACCCGCGCCAUCGUCAAAAAGAACAAAGAGUUGACGGGUCUACGCGAAGAGCAGAGAGUCCAUGACUACGCUUUAGAGGCAGCGCGAACGGAGCAGGCGAAGGCUAGGACGGCCGUCAUGCAGAAGGAGAAGGGAAUCAAGAAGGCCGAGAAAGCGUUGGAUGGCAAAAAACCUGAACUCGUCACGAUCGAGGCUCAUAUUACGCAUGCUACGCGAAAAAUGAACAACGCUGAGAAAUCGAAGGAGGAGCUUGUCAAAGACCUCAAGACUCGGCAGGAGAAAUUUGAUCGGCUGCAAACUGAACUCAAGAGUGUGCGUCGAGAUGCCGACAAGGCUCAAGAGGAGCAGAGAAAAGCAUCUCACCACAACGUAGCGCUGACCGAGGAAAGCCUGGACGAAUAUCGUGCUUUGAAAUCGUCGUCAAGUAAACUCGCCGUUGAUGAACGACAGACCCUUGAAACUCUUCUUCGUGAAGAGAAGACUUCGAGCAGAACACUUGCUCAACUUACGGAAAAGCAAAAAGGUUAUGAGGAGAAGAAGGAAUUGCGAAGCGAGGAUCUCCGAGUGCAGAGUGCUCGAAAAACUGAGCUCGACGCGAAAAUUUCGUCACUACAAGCAAACCUGACGAGUGUCCGACAAGAACUGGAUAAUCAACGAGCUGAGAGAGAGAAAAUAGCGAAAUUGGACGCGGAAGUAGACGAGAAACUUCAGAACGUUUAUCAGCAGCUCUUGCAGGCCGGCGUUGAUAAACACGAAUCGGAACGUGAAACUCGCCUUAAGGAGACGUUGGCUAGCCUGCAGAGGAUCUUCCCAGGCGUUCGAGGGAGGGUCGUCGACCUCUGCAAACCAAUUCAACGAAAGUACGAAGCAGCAGUGUCUGUUGUCCUCGGACGCAACAUCGACGCCAUUGUCGUUGACGAGGAGAAGACGGCCAUUGAUUGCAUUGAAUACAUGCGUAACCAACGUGCUGGACAAGCCACCUUUAUACCACUUGAUACAAUUCAAGUGAAACCCAUCAACGACAAAUUCCGCUCCUUCGCCAAGGGCGCUCGUUUAGCCGUGGAUGUGGUUCAGUACGAGCCUGCGAUUGAGCGAGCUAUCCAUCACGCUUGUGGGAAUGCUCUUGUUUGCGAUACCAUGGAGGUUGCGAGAUAUGUGUGUUAUGACAAAGGUCAGGAGGUGAAAGCUGUUACUUUGGAAGGCACGAUCAUUCAUAAGAGUGGGUUGAUUACUGGAGGACGAAGUACGCACAAUAACAGCAAGAAAUGGGACGAGAAUGACGUUCAAGGGUUGAUUCGCGUCCGUGACAACUUGCAAUCGCGGCGCCUCGAACUCAGCAAGCAGAAGCCCCGCGCAAAGACGGACGAAAAUCUCGUCUCGGAAGUUUCUCGUCUUGAAUCGGCGAUAACUUUGGCUAGAGAUGACCUGGCGGCUUGCAAAUCUCGCCUUAAUGGCUUGAAGGAAGAGUUAAAACAUAUUGACAAGGAGCUAAAGAGCAACACCCCCGAGCUCAAGAAGGCACAAACUAUUGACGCUGCUCUGCAAGACAAGAUGCAACGUCUGAAACAUACGAUAAACGCAGCGGAAGACGGGAUUUUCGUGGCCUUUUGCCGCAAGAUCAGAGUGUCGAAUAUCCGAGAAUACGAGGAGAGGCAGUUGAAGGUUGCUCAAGAGGAAAGCCAAGCUCGCCUGCGCUUCGAUACCCAGAUUGCCCGUCUCUCGAACCAGUCUGACUUCGAGGAGGAAGGCUUGAAGUCUGCGAAGGAACGCUUGGAACGACUCGAAGGCAUGAUCAAAACUGAACGCGUGAACUUGUCCAAGUUAGAAGAGCAGAAUACCGCUGCCGCGGAGGAUAUUGCUGUCGCUGAACAAGGCAUUGCCAAGUUAAGGGCAGAACUCUCCACAGUUCAAGAGGUGCUAGAGGAGAAGACGAAGGUGGUUGAUCAGGUGAAGAAGACCACGUCAAAAGCAUCGAAAGUACUCGACCAAGCAUUGAAAGAGAUUGCUACAGCUAACGACGAAAUCGAGAAGCUCGCCCUUGAUCGGUCGGCUACUUACCGCAAAUGUCGCCUUGAGGAGGUAAAGCUGCCACUUCUGGAAGGCAACCUCAAGCACGUCCCAAUGGAGGAGAAUCUCCGAGAGGAUGUGGCCAUGGACGUUGAUGAAGACGAAGAUGGGACUCAGAGGCCUAAAGUGGUCGCUGAUUAUGGAAUUGAGGUCGACUUUGAGUCUAUUGAGGAUGACGAGCGGUCUGAAGACCCGGCGGACGCGAAUGCAAGAUACGAUAAGGAGAUUGCCAACAUCACUGCAGAGAUCGAACGGAUGGCGCCAAAUAUGAAAGCGAUAGAACGGCUUGAUGACGUUGAGACGAAGCUCGAACAAACGGAAAGAGAAGCUGAUAAGGCUCGCAAGGAAUCUAAGAAUGCCCGUGACCACUUCAAUGAUGUGAAGAGCCGACGUUGUGAACUGUUCAACAAAGCUUACAGUCACAUAUCCGACAAUAUCGAUCAAGUUUACAAAGAUCUGACAAAAGGGAAAGCGGCUCCCAUGGGAGGCGUCGCAUAUCUGAGCUUGGAAGAUAGUGAGGAACCGUAUGCUGGCGGUAUCAAGUAUCACGCCAUGCCUCCCAUGAAGCGUUUCCGAGAUAUGGAGCAACUUUCAGGUGGUGAGAAGACUGUAGCUGCCUUGGCUCUUCUUUUUGCCAUCCAUAGUUAUCAGCCAGCUCCUUUCUUCGUUUUAGACGAGGUUGAUGCUGCUCUCGACAACACAAACGUUGCCAAGAUUGCGAACUACAUUCGGCAUCACGCGUCAGAUGACUUCCAGUUCAUUGUAAUAAGUCUGAAAGGCUCCUUGUAUGAACGGGGUAACUCCCUCGUGGGCAUCUAUCGGGAUCAAGAAGUAAACAGCUCAAGGACUUUGACUCUUGACCUCACCCAGUACGAUGAUUAG